UAAUAUUGCAAGUAUAUGUGAAAUUGAAUACCAGUGUGACCAUAUUAUGGCUGACCACAGUCAUCGAUUACUUAAGCAGCCAAUCGAAUAGUAUCAUUCUCCACGCUGACAAAAUUCAGAGAAAUUAAAAAAAAAGUCGGUCGUCGCUUUGAUUUUUGGGCCAGAAUUGCUGCAGGAAAACUUAAUUACUAACGUGUUUGCACAGCGCAGGGCAAAGUAUAUUCGGUUAAAGUACUGCCAAUCAAUAAAUACAACAAAGCAUACAGUGCUGACAAUAACAACAACAAGACUAAAUUUUGUGCAGAUUUGGCAACAAGUAGAAAUAUCCCCCUUAUAUUGCCAUGCAGAACUCAAGAUCAAGAGGCUCUUCGGGCAGACCUCAACGUCGGCCAGCUGCAGCAGCAGCAGCAGGUGCUACAUUUAGCACGAAAUCAAGUGAAUCCAUGACGGAGGUCAACAAUCAAGUGGGCAUCGAUGAUAACGCAUGUGUGGUGUGUUUUAAAAACGUUGAAAUCUAUUCAAUUGGGGACUGCGAUCAUCCAGUGUGCUACGAGUGCUCCACAAGAAUGAGAGUCCUUUGCCAGCAGAACGAGUGUCCCAUUUGUCGUCAUGUGCUCUCCAAGGUUCUAUUUACAUUGGAAAAGUUGCCUUAUCGUGAACUUGAAGCCAACAAUCGCUCCGAUUACUACAGCAAAAAGUAUCGCAUUGGCUUCUGGAGCGCUGAGAUUCAGCAGAAAUUCUAUCAGUUACUCGAUCACCCGUGUCCAACCUGCGAUGUGCCGCCUUACCGCACCUUCCAGGCCUUGAGGAAUCAUGUCUUGCGUGAUCACAACAUGUACUUUUGUGAUCUGUGUGUGGAAACACUGAAGAUCUUUACAUUCGAGCGUCGUUGUUAUACACAGGCUGAAUUGGUUGUUCACAAUACCAAGGGAGACCCGGACAACACAUCCCAUCGUGGUCAUCCUCUAUGCGAGUACUGCAAUCAGCGCUACGUGGAUCGGGAUGAACUCUUUCGACAUUUGCGACGCGAUCACUACUUUUGUCACUUUUGCGAUGCCGAUGGCUGCAAUGAUUUUUACAACGUCUAUGCAGACUUGGCCGAUCAUUUUCGCAAGGAGCACUAUCUAUGCGAGGAGGGCAAAUGUGCCACCGAGGAGUUCACUGGCGCCUUUCGCAAUGAGAUUGAGUACAAAGCACACGUGGCAAGUGUGCACGGUAAAUCGCUGAACAAGCAGCAGGCAAAGCAGACGCGGACAUUGCAACUGGAGAUAACAUUAGGACCACGUGGAAGACGUGAGCAAGGGAUAACAAACAUGAGAUCAAGAAAUGAGGAGCACCAGGAGUAUUUGGAUGAGUUGCCCUCAACGAGCACACAACGGAGUCAGCCCGUGACGAUUGAUGCCGGCAAUGAGGAGGAGUUUCCCAUGCUGGCUGGCCUGACACCUGGUCCGAAUGUGUCUUUGGUCAGAGCUGCGCCACCGUCAAUGCGCAAUCUAAGCGGCACCUCGGGACUUGCACGCACCAAAGAAAACUUUCCAGCCUUGGGUGGAGCUGCUGGUGGCAGUAUUUCAGCUGCUGGCAAUACCUAUGCUAAUGCCCGAGCUGCUCAAUCCGCUCAGCCUGCAGGAGCGAGCUUUAAGAAGCCAGCCAGUGCUGCUUCUGGCGGUGGCACUGUGGCACGUGGCAAUGCACCAGUUAAUGGUAUGAUGCUGCAUGUGUCAAAUCGACCUGCAGCCAAUGCGAACAAGAAGGCAGCACCGGAAAUGGAUUUCCCCGCACUACCAGCGGGCAAGGGCAAGAGGAUGCCACGCAAUUUAGAAGAAGACAUGUUGCCCAGCAACUCGGGUGUAUCCAUUUCCAAUGUUGCGGCCAAGCAUCGCACACUUGUGGAUGACUACGUUUCAGUUGCGCAUCCGAGCACCUAUCAAAAGAUACAAAUGGUACAAAAGGAAGAGUUGGAGGCCAAAGCACGCAUAGAGGCUCUAAAGAAGAGUGCGCCCAAGCUGACGGCAGUUGAAUUUCCUUCCUUGGGACCAAGCAGCGCCAAGGGACCGCCUUUAUCGAAGCCAAAUGGCGGAUCAGCUGCCUCUUUAAAUUGGACCAAGCCCGUAUCGGAGAAGAAGCAACGAGAACUGGAUAAUCGCAAGUCCAAAGUUGCCCCAGCGCCGUUGUUGCCCGCGCCGAAAGGCAGUGCAAGCAACCUGAACAACAAUAAAAACAAUAUUAAUAAUCAAGAGCAACAACAGCAGACCAACAAGAAGGAUAAGAAAUCAAAGGAGAAGAAGGAGAACAACAACCAAGAGAAUCAGCCAAAAGCCAACAAGCAAAAGGAGAAAAAUAAUAACAACAACAACAACGACAACGAUAAACAACUGCCAGCAAAUGCUAACAACACCAAUGGGAAUCAAUCAACGACAACGCGUACUCCACCAGGUCUAAUUAAACCACCACCUGGUUUCAUGUCCAAUGUCACAUUGAAUUCGGUGGCAAAGCUUCCGAACAAUCUUACUUUUACUAGCUCUUCGGGAGAGAAUUACAGCAUUGUGCCGAGCUCCUUCAGCUACACUGAUCCGCCAGAUACCGCCAACAGGAAUCAGAAUUUGGUGGAUCAACUGCGAGAGGUGCUUAAAUCACCGGAGGCCUUUGACGAAUUUCGCUUGCUGUCAUCCAAGUUUCGAGACGGCUCCUGUACAGGUCGAGCCUACUAUGAGUAUUGUCAAUCCGCGAUGAUGGCCAAGUUCCACAGCUUGUUCCCCGAACUUUUAGUGAUGCUGCCCGACAUUGGCAAACAACAGGAACUCUAUCUUGUGCAUAAACAAUAUGUGAAUACGUUAACGUCGCAUCAAGAGAAAUCGUUGCCUAGCCUGGAAGUGUGCCUCAAAUGCAAGCAAGUCCUCAUGGCUCCCGAUUUUAGCAGUCAUCAGAAAACGCAUGAGCUCUCAAAGAAUUUCCCCCCACAAGAUAGUAAUGUGAUUGGAGCUGGUGCCAAGAAUGCGCAACGUAAAUAAAUCCAGAUUCUACACAACAACGAUUAAUAGCAAAAGAUAGCUUUUCCUAUGUAAAUUUUGUAUGUAUGUAAUUAGUUGUUAUCCCACGGCCACAAACAAAAACAAAGAAGAACAAACAAUGCCAAUGUACACAAUUAACAAAUUCUCUAUUGUGAACGUAGGCUUAACUAUAUAAAUAUUAUAUAUAAUUAGGUCUCGUGAAAUACUGCUGUUGCAUGUAACGUUUAAAACGUUCCAUGAUUUUGUAAAUCAGACAACUUUACAGCCUGCACGUGUGGAAUGUGUUUUUUUUUAAUUUGUAAUAAGUGAGCUUGUAUGCUAAAAACAAUUACAAUACUGAAUAAAGUGCAAAACAAUCAGAUUGCAAUUUUAUC